AUGGUUUCUCCGCGAGAACAGGCCGGGUUCUCCCGGCGACUCGCAAGCGGCGCGGUCCUGCUGGCGGCCGCAGUGGCGCUCCUCCUCUUGCCGUGCGCCGAUGCCGCGCGGAAGGAUACCUGGUCUCCGCGGACCUUCACCGCCGAUCCUUUCCCCGUGCCGCCGCCCGACUGGCAAAAUCUCCCCUUCCUGCGCCGCCAAGAGAGCGCUCGCCGCAGGCUUCUGAGCGGUGGCGGCGUGUCACGUCCUCAUUGGAUGCCUGCUAGCGAGUACACCCUUCCCUGGAUGCUGGGGGAUCGGAAACCGCUCAUUCCCACAGACCCCUCGGAGGGGGAAGCUGACGUGGCAGAGGCGGCGGCCACGUCAUCCGGAAAUGACGGGUGGCUUGGGGCUAGCGGGGCAGGUGUUGCUUCUGCCGCUGCUGCUAGCGGUGGGACAGCCGCGGGAGCGGUGGGGGGGACGAGAUACUCACUGGCGCAGCGAAAGGGCGUGUGCUCCCCGGUUACCCCCGCGAGUCCGCGAAUCUUGGUUACCACCGAGGCCGACUUCGUGAAGCGCCUCAAGUAUUCGCGAAAGACGACGGUCCUGAUGACGCUGAAAGCGGACAUAAUGCUAAAGAAAGGCCUCGCUUUCGGCCCCUACUACUCGUGCACGAUCCUGCAAGCGGACGUCACGGGGAACCUCGUCAACACGCCCGUCUACUUGAUCAACGGCGCCGUCGGCGUGCAGAUCGUGAACAACUUUCUGCACCAAUUCUCUGGUAACGGCGUGCUGUGCGGGACGCACGUGAACAACGCGGGGAGCUGCAUGAUGACGUUCAUCGGGCGCAACUGGUUCUUCCCCAACGUCACCAUCACCGCCAAGACCGACAUUGCCAACAUCCGCUUCACCACGCACUGGAUCAGCCCUGGCAAUGCGGCGUCGUGCAACUACAUGCUGGGCGGCAACAGCUGCUUCAACCUUGAAGCCGACACCACGGGUGUUGUCGUCUUGGGCGGCGCGUGCAUGGGUGCUUUCAACGGCGUCAACAUUGAGAACGGCAAAGAGAACCGUAUACAGUACGUGUGGGUGAAGGACUACACUGCUGUUCCGGGGUCAGCAACGUGUCCCACAGUGACGAGCAUCAAUUGCAACACGGCCACGGGCAAGCUGUGGGAGAGCAAGCGGGUCAAGUACUACAACUCGCCUGCCAUUAACAAGCGCUGGCCCUAUUUGAGCAACAUCUGCAAGUCCACAAGCAUCGGCACGGUGCCCUGCAACGUCCCCACAGCCGGGAUGGGCCGGUUUGGCCCGGUUGCGCUGAUCGCAUGCGUGUCGCUGCUGAUCCUUCUCGCGGCACCAGCGGUGAAGCCUGAUGAGGAUUCUUCGCGUGAACCACUGGCUAUCGGGGACGGCGACCAGGACGCAUGGAUGCAGCAAUCGUCGCCUCUAUCGCUCAUAGAGGAUUUAUUCCCAACGUCGCCUGCGCUCUCCUUCCCCUACCGCCUCCUCAAGUCCACCCCGGCCCCCACGAAGUCCUCCGCCCGCGCAAGCUCCCCCGCCCGCGGAAGCUCCGCGCCAGCCUCCGACAAGAAGGGCAGUGGCAAGAAACUGCAGCAGUCAGGAAAAUCGGCGUCAGAGGGCGCCACGUCAGCAGGAGCCGGAACAGCCCUCUCGACGUCCGCUUCUGGAAAGGGGAAGCGGGGGAAACAGGGGAAGCGGGGGAAGCGGGGGAAAAAGGGGAAAGGGGGGGGUGCGGUGAAAGCAAGUGAGACGAACAGUUCGCUGCAGAGCGGAAAGAAAAAGGCGGGGAAGAAAGGAAAGAAGGCGGCUGUUUCAUCCGGCAAAACGGGAUCUGCUGGCGAGAGGAAGAAGGGUGGGCACAAGUGGCCUCGCGAUGGCACAACGGGGUCUUCUGGUGAGAGGAAGAAGGGUGGACAUAAGUGGGUUCGAAAGGGCACGAAGCAAACCCCUGUGAAGAAAUCUGGGGCAAAGACGGCGAACGCGCCAGUAGCGAAAAAGGCCGUGACGACUUCGCCAGCGUCGGGUAACUCGCGCGGGCGCGCCAAGUCUGGAAAGGGGAAGAAGAAGAGACGCACUGCCGCUGCCGCACCAGCUGGCUCCGCUUCAACUGGCGCAAAGUCCGGAGGGGGCAAAGGGAAGGCAACGUCGGGCAAGUCCAACUCGCGUGGAGGAUCCGCACCUCCCGCUGCAGCUCCCGCGCGCCCGCACAAGAAGGGCAAGACGACGAAACACAGCCAGGAGGUCGGCACUGACCUUGAAGGAAAAGGGUCAUCGAAUCCCGCCAAGUCAACGAAUCCGCCUGCGUCUUCUUCGGGAGGAAGCGCGCCGAGCUCAGCGAAGGCGCCCAAAGGCUCGGACUCGGAUGGCUCCAAGGCUGGCAAAGCGCCGAAGCCGUCUAGCAGCCCAACUAGCAGCCCAAAGCCCACCAAGGAUAAGAACUCGGAUUCGGCCAAGGCUGAUUCAGGCUCGGACAAAUCAGGCUCGGACAAAUCAGGCUCGGAUGCAAAACCUUCUCCUCCCUCUUCUCCCACCAAGCCAAGCACGGGGAAGAAGGACAAGCCAUCCCCGCCAGCAGACACGAGUGGGAGCGAUCCUGCCAGCUCGCCUCCUGCCACUCCUGUGCCGAAGAUGAUAUGUGAGAAACACAAGGGGCAGCAGCUGAUGGUGAUGGACGGGAACCUCUUCUUCACGGGGAAUGUGGAGAAGUGCGAGGGUUCUUGUAUCAAGGAUUCCUCCUGCCUCAUGUACACCUUCUCGGGACUCAGCUGUCAACUGUUCACGGCUAACAUGACUGCCAGGCCUGUCAAGGCGUGCUUUUCGCGCAAGUGUCAGUGGGGGAAGUGCAGAGACACAGAGGGAGAUGGUAGCGAGGAGGACAGUAGCGGAGAUGGCAGUUCUGGUGGGGAUACUGGUGGUGCAGAUGAGAGUGGGGGAGGUGAUGAUGGGGGUGAUUCCAGUGGAGGCGACUCUACUGGGGAUGGAAGCACUAGUGACUCAGGCGAUGAUUCCAGCUCAGAUGGAGCGACCAUUGACUACGGGCGAUGA